AUGUCUAAAAACGAAACAUUCUUUUUCACUUCUGAAUCCGUCGGUGAAGGUCAUCCAGACAAGCUUUGUGAUCAGGUCUCCGAUGCUGUUUUGGAUGCUUGUUUGACCGUCGACCCUCUAAGUAAGGUCGCCUGUGAAACCGCUGCUAAGACCGGUAUGGUCAUGGUUUUCGGUGAAAUUACCACCAAAGCUCAACUGGACUUCCAAAAAAUUAUCAGAGACACUGUCAAGCACAUUGGUUACGACCACUCUGACAAGGGUCUGGACUACAAGACCAUGAGCGUUCUUGUCGCCAUCGAGCACCAAUCUCCUGAUAUCGCUCAAGGUCUUCACUACGAGAAGGCUUUGGAGGAGUUGGGAGCCGGUGACCAAGGUAUCAUGUUUGGUUAUGCUACUGAUGAAACUGAUGAGAAGUUGCCUUUGACCUUGCUUUUGGCUCAUCAACUGAACCACGAGCUGGCUUCUUGCAGAAGAUCUGGAUCUCUUCCAUGGUUGAGACCAGACACCAAGACCCAAGUUACUAUUGAGUACAAAUACGACAACGGUGCUGUUAUUCCUCUGAGAGUUGACACUGUCGUCAUCUCCGCCCAACACUCCGAAGAGAUCACCACUGCUGACAUUAGAGUGCAAUUGACUGAGCACGUGAUCAAGAAGGUUAUUCCAAGCCACCUGCUGGAUGAGAAGACAAAGUACCACAUUCAACCAUCUGGCAAGUUUAUCAUUGGUGGUAUCGCCGGUGACGCUGGUUUGACUGGUAGAAAGAUUAUUGUCGACACUUACGGUGGAUGGGGUGCUCACGGAGGAGGAGCCUUCUCCGGUAAGGAUUUCUCCAAGGUCGACCGUUCCGCUGCUUACGCUGCCAGAUGGGUUGCCAAGUCUCUUGUACACGCCAAGCUGGCCAGAAGAUGUUUGGUCCAAUUCUCUUACGCUAUUGGUGUUCCAGAGCCUCUUUCCAUCUACGUUGACACAUACGGUACCUCUACCUACUCAUCUGACGAAUUGGUCAAGAUUAUCAACAAGAACUUCGACCUGAGACCUGGUGUUAUCGUGAAGGAGCUAGACCUUGCCAGACCAAUCUACUUCAAGACUGCUUCCUACGGUCACUUCACCAACCAAGAAAACCCAUGGGAGCAGCCAAAGGUUCUUAAGCUUUAA